CUCUGCCUCGCUCGCUUCUCUCUCUCUUUCUCUCUCACUCUCAUACACACUCAACCUCUCUCUCCCUUUCUUUCUCUCUCUCUCACACACACAUACACACACAAUCUCUGUCUCUCUGUCUCUCUCUCACAGACACACACCCUCUCUCUCUCCCUUGCUCGCUUUUCUCUCUCUCUCUCUCUCUCUCUCUCUCUCUCUCUCUCUCUCUCUCUCUCUCUCUCUCUCUCUCUCUCACACACACACACACACACACCACAUACACACACUCCCUCUCUCUCCCUCGUUCGCUUCUCUCUCUCUCUCUCUCUCUCUCUCUCUCUCUCUCUCUCUCUCUCUCUCUCUCACUCAGCCUCUCUCUCUCUCUGUGUGCUGGGACUCAGCGCGCGCUGCUCCUUCAGAAAUAAACGGUCGGAGCGCGUGACGGACAGAAGCAGGAUAAAGAGGAGUUACCAUGACAACAGAAACGGGUCCUGAAGCUGAGGUGAAAAACGCAGCAGAGGAACCACCCCAGCGCAAGGGGGCAGGGGUCAGCAUGCCCGAGUCAGCUUCAGAUGGAAGUAUGGCCAAACAGGUGAGAAAACAGGACCAUGAUGGCAAACGUCCAGACGAUCCAGACGACACAUCGGACAGAACAACGCCAGGCAAAAGCCCCAAGUCUCCGAACAAACCUUCCAAACGCUCCAAGACUGCUCCCUUCAAGGUGACUCUCAUGGACAGCUCUGACUAUGAAGCUAACAUUGAGAAGCACUGCAAGGGCCAGGCUCUGGUGGACCUGGUGUGUGAACACCUCAACCUGCUGGAGAAGGACUACUUCGGACUGACCUUCCGGGAUUCAGACACUCAGAAGAAUUGGCUGGACCCCUCCAAGGAGAUCAAGAAGCAGAUGCGAACAUCUCCUUGGCAUUUUGCCUUCGCUGUCAAGUUCUACCCACCUGAUCCCUCUCAGCUCAUGGAGGACAUCACCAGGUACUACCUGUGUCUGCAGCUGCGUGAUGACAUGCUGUCCGGUCGACUCCCCUGCUCAUUCGUCACCCACGCCCUGCUGGGCUCCUACACCGUGCAGGCCGAGCUCGGAGACUACGAUCAGGACGAGCACGGCUCCGAUUACAUCAGUGACCUCCGCUUCGCCCCCAAUCAGACCCGUGAACUGGAGGAGAGGGUCAUGGAGCUCCAUCGGACCUACAGGGGAAUGACUCCUGCUGAGGCAGAAAUGAACUUCCUGGAGAAUGCCAAGAAGCUGUCCAUGUACGGGGUGGACCUGCAUCAUGCAAAGGAUUCAGAAGGGAUUGACAUCAUGCUGGGGGUCUGUGCCAACGGCCUGCUGAUCUACCGUGACCGCUUGAGGAUCAACCGCUUCGCCUGGCCUAAGAUCCUCAAGAUCUCCUACAAGAGGAGCAACUUCUACAUAAAGAUUCGCCCGGGAGAGUAUGAACAGUUUGAAAGCACCAUUGGCUUCAAGCUGCCGAAUCACAGAGCAGCUAAGAGGCUGUGGAAGGUCUGCAUCGAACAUCAUACUUUCUUCAGGUUAGUGUCUCCAGAGCCUCCUCCUAAAGGAUUCCUGGUCAUGGGCUCCAAGUUCAGGUACAGUGGGAGAACACAGGCACAGACCCGGCAGGCCAGCGCUCUGAUCGACCGGCCCGCUCCACACUUCGAACGCUCCACAAGCAAGCGCCACCUUCUCUCCCGCAGUCUGGACGGAGAGUUCUCUCGACCUCUCUCCACCAUGGGUGAGCCUCAGGAUGCCCUGUCCCAGAGGAGUGAGACACAGUGUUUCUCAGGAGAUGAGCAGGAGGCAGAACCUGACCUCAGCUUGGACCAGGACCUGGAUCAGGAUCAAGAUCAGGAUCAAGAUGAUAGCAGUGUGACCACACCCACUAAAAAGAAGGAUAUAAAGACUGAAGAGCUGCCUAAAGAUGGCACCGUGCCAGAGGAGGACGUAGGCUCAAGUCUCGAUGCUAAAGCAGAGUUGGAGAUGGACUCCACCCCUCGACACAAACAGGAGUUUCUGGAUAAGUCAGACGAUGUGCUCCUGAAGCAUCAGGCCAGCAUUAAUGAGCUGAAGAGAGCCCUGAGGGAGCCCAACAGCAAGCUGAUGAACCGGGAAAAGCGCUUGUCUGCCACCUCCCCAGGCGGCACGCCUGAGAAGAAGGCUGAGGCAGUUGGAGCAGGGGGAAGGGAACCGGUUAACAGCCUUUCAGUGGAGGGCUUCAUCCAGAAGACAGUGGUGACUUCUCCUGAGGGCUCUGAGGAGUGGGUGUUGAUUGAAAAACAGAACACUUACCAGCAGGACUAUGAACUGGAGGAAAGAGAAAAGGGGAAAGCCCAUGUUUCUUCACCUCCUGUGGUCAUCGAAGCUCCACUGGAAAGGAAAAUGAUCCACAUUGAGGUGACUGGAGAGGAUGGUGAAGAAAUGCAGGUCCAGAUGGACAGUUUCCCAUCCCCUAAGGUAACAACAAAAGAUGAGUCUUCUGAACCAAAGCCAAGGAAUGACACAAAAGAAGACCUAUCAUCUGAACCUCAGAUCACAGAAUCACAAGAAGAGCCACCUCCAGCGAAGGAUGAAACAUCAUCCUUCAAGUCUGAGGUGAAAGAGGAACGCCAUUCAAGGAAAGUUUGCAGAGAGGGAAGACCUCAAAGUCUGAACUUAGGGAUGUCCAGAGACUUUGUGUAUGAGACAAAAACCGAAUCGAACAUAAGACAGGAGAGCGAGGAGUCUGAUGAAGACAAUAAUACUCCAGGAAAAGAGGAGACGCCAAGCAGUCAUCCUGAUGACAUCACCUCAGCAUCCGAGAGCUGGUCCGAGCCCAUGCCUGAGAAGAUGAAGGAGCAUGUGAAAGCAGAUCUGCCAACUGGAUCACUGAAUGAAGAUCCUUUUCAGAAGGAGCUGAACAGAACCAGUCAGGAAGAUGAACACAAGCUCGUCCACGAAAACAUAGCGUUUGAUGAUGCCAGACAGCAUACACAACAUGCUGAAGAUCAAGGACUGAAAGUUGCAUCUGAAGCAAGAAACAUAAAUGUUGAAGACCCGCCCGAAGGCUCGGACUCAGUCAACGGUCCUGUGAAAGACGAGCUCAAAAGAAAGUCAGAGAUUAAAUUUGAGAUCACGAAAGUCAUCAUGAUUGACAGCAGUGAAAAUGAAGAGGAGUUUAAGAGUGAAAACAGACAAAGAACAGAUGAGUUCUUUGUGCAAGAGAAGAAGAUUAGCAACAUUGAACAAGAGAGCGCUGCUGAAGAGGCCUGUCCAGAGAAAGUACAGAGGAGAACAAGGGGACACGCGGGAAACGUUCGUACAGAAUUAACGAGGAUCGUCCCGUUAAAACCCGAGAGAGCGAAGAGCCAAGAGUAUAAAGAUGAUCUGGACAUUGGGGAAGGAUCUGAACUGAUGAAAAAGCAUUUUAAAAGAUACAGCAUGAACGAAUCUCUAGAGAGACAGUUUGACAUCAGCAACCAAACCUCCUCACGUACUCUUACUUCCUUCAACACCAGUAGAUUUAGUCCAGAGGACUCAGCGUUUUCCAUGGUGGACCACAGUGCUUUAAAGAGCUGUGAGCAGCAGUCGUCAGUAUACAGCGAGUGCCUUCUAAAAGGAAGGGCUGUUCAGGAUGAAGUGGAAGGGCUGAAGCAGCCUGACGAUGGAACUGCUAAGUCCUCAACACUCCAAAAAAGCACUCCACCAACUCCUCCAGUCAAAACCAAGAAGGCCAGAGAAUCAGGGCUGAUCCUCCGCAACAGUCGCAAUGCCGGCAAAGACUCAGCCCUGGAGGUCACCGUGAGGAAACAUGGGGAGCCUCUCUCCGCUCCUGCCAUUCAUGAAGAAACUCUAGAUGAAGUCAAGCGCCGGCCACACUCUUCCGCCGAGGACGAGCACGAGCGUGAAGCCGCCGUGACCAUGAGGGACACGCACCUGAGCAUUGAGCGAAAGUGCUCCAGCAUGACGGUCAGUUCCACGUCCAGCCUGGAGGCUGAGGCGGACUUCACCAUGCUGAUGGAGCUCCACGGAGGAGCCGAGGAGUUCUCCAGGGCCCAGGCUGAGGUGGGGCGGGAGGACUUUGAGGAAACCUCCAGGUUCUACUCCGCCCGGCUCAUGGGCUCGCAUGAUAGGUCGCCGGUGAAGGAGAGAGUACACGAGGAACGUGGCCACCAUGAAGCAGAACCUCCACCAGUGGCCAGGAAAGACCCCAACGCUGUGAGUGUGGCCCAUCUGCUCAGAAAGGGAGACUCCAAAGUGGAACCGCAUUCAAAUGGCUCUGAAAUCCUUUCCUCUGUUACAGACGCCCCAGAUCAGCAGCCUGUGCAGGAGGAGGUGGUGCAGGGUGAUGGUGACGCGGACAGUAAGACCGUAGUCUCCAACCAUGAUGUCAUCCAGCCACAGGAAGCAGAUUUGAGCCAGAGAGAAAGCAGACUAAAGGAAGCUAAAGAGAAUGGCUCCCCUCUGAAAAGCAGCAGUCUGGGUCGGGAGUCCGUCACAUCUCCUCUCACCAUCACCAAUGAAAAUGUUACCUCAGCAACAACUCAAGUCACCAAGACGGUUAAAGGGGGAUACUCAGAAACAAGGAUCGAGAAAAGGAUCAUUAUCACAGGAGAUGAUGCUGUGGACCAACAUCAGGCUCUUGCCAUGGCAAUACAGGAGGCCAAGCAGCAGCAUCCUGACAUGCUGGUUACGAAGGCCGUGGUCGUCAGAGAAACAGAAUCUUCCUCUGAGGAGAAACACAGGACGCAGGAGUCCUGAAAUCCACAGACGGCCUGAUGAAAUGGAACUGAGAGAGUGAGGAGAGGAGCAUGACGUCCAGGCCCAACCCUUACACCCAGCUGAGAGGCUAACCUAUGCUACUGUAUGAACAAUACAGACCAAUAAUACACACACUUACACACACACACACACACACACAUUCACUUUACAGCCUACAAGUCCUCCUCCUCCUCUUCUUCCCUCUGCUUGUCAGCCCAGACUGUGUGAGACUCGUUUAAUCAAGGCGACCUGGAGAUCCCAACAUCACAACGUCAACCCAGCCAGCCAGCAGCGCACUGGACCGUAUCACCUGUCUAAACCCAGUAUAUACUAGCGCACACAGAGCUCGUCUAAUAAUACUACUACUACUAUUACUACUACUCAUAUUCCCGACUAGCAUGACUUCAGAAAAAGGAACAAGGCUGCAGUCUCGCCCUUGAAUUGUAUAAAUGUUGUAUAAAGAGUUUAUUCUCUAGUUUAGCUUGUUAUUACUGUGGAUUAUCAGAAACUCCAGCAUACAGAGAACUUCAGAAAUGACCGAAAUGACUGAAAUAAAUGGCUAAGGAGGGAAAAGUGACCCAGUGUCCAUGUCAUAUGCAGAGUCCAUCCUGUGUGGUCAGCGUCAGUCUCCAGAGUCUACUGCACGUUGUUUCGGACCCUCCCUCCGAGAGGUUUGCUGAUUUUCGCCCCCUAAUCCCAAUCCUAAUCCUAAUCCUACCUGCUCACUGUGGAAUACUCUUCUGCUCUGUCCUCUGAAAGGGUCGUGGUGAAGAUUCUGCCUUCGCUUUCUCCUUCAUGCAUGACUUCGAGGGAGAUAUGAGGUCAGGUCAGCCUGAGACAGGGUAAUGGUCAGCUCUUACUGCUUGCUGUCACCUGUCUGACGUAUAAAUAUAUAUAUAUAUAAAUAUACAGUAUACACUGAACACACGCAGUCUUUUUAGCUUUGUAAAGAUUUUUAAAACCAUAGAUGAUCAAAACGUCAAAAGUGUUUGCUUGUUAAUUACAGUUAAAACAUAUUUAUCAGUCAUCUCACCUACAUAUGCAUGAUUUGAGCAGCCAGUGAGGAAGGUGAAUGGUGGAUAAUAAUAAUAAUAAUAAUAAUAAUAAUAAUAAUAAUAAUAAUAAUUAUUAUUAUUAUUAUUAUUAUUAUUAUUAUAAUAAACAAAAAUGCAUCAUGUAGUGCAUCAGAAGUGCCAUGGUUUCCAGUGUGUGUCCUGCUGGCUGCGUUAGGAUGGAGUGCACAUCCCAUAAUAAAUAAUAACCUGAAGUGGAUUAUUUAUAUCAGCUUGAACUCUUCCAAAACUCGUCUAAUAAUGAUUCCCCAUUGAUAUAUGUACAGAUUUUUUUUUAUAUUAUUUCAUUUUCGGUUUGUUUGCUCUGCAUUUUUUGGGCUGUCGAAAACAACACAGUAAUUUUGGUAUAUUUUUGAAAAUGCUGACAUGACUGCGUCCGCUUGUGCUUGUUCUGUUGUACAGGAUAAGUUCAUCAGAGUUACCAGCCUCAGAAACCACAAGUUAACAGCUCCCCAAAUAAGAUACAUUUAACACUUUUAAGUUACUACUUGAUUCCUUAUGUGUUCCUUCAUAGUCUGGAUGAUUUAAGUAUUCAUUUACAAUGUAGGAAAAAAAUAGGAAAAAAAACAGUCAAUGAGAAGCUGUGUCCAAACUUCUGACUGGUACUGUACAAAUAGAGACCCAGAUCAAUAAAGAGAUAAAAGAGAUAUUUUACAUCUGCACCAGAUAGUGUUUUAUGCAGUGAUUUAAAAUAACUCUAAGCUGAUUGAUCAGCGCCAAACAUCUGACUGGAUUAUAAGAUAUUAAAAACAUUACAAAAUAGUAAGUAAUAGUUAUUUAAGAUUUAAAGUGAUUUUACUUCAAUAUGAAUCAGCGGCACGUCUUAUCUAAACUGUGUUACUUCAUUAUUAAUACAAACACAAAGAUUGUAUCGGAGCAGUAAGUGAUUUAGAUCAGAUCUGCAUAACCUAAUACAAGAAAAACGUAGGCUAUGGGCUAAUAAUAAUAAAAAAAAAAGAUAUUUGUAUUUUUUUUCCUGUUUUAUUGUUUUUAUGUUAUUACUGAAUUAUAUUACUUCCUAAGGAUAAAACUAAAGUCUUACAGUUUAAGAGGUUAAUAGGUUAGAUAUUGGCAGAUUAUUUACAGUAGGUAUAUAUAUAUAGCAACUUUAUGCUGUAUAUAUCCAUAAAUAUAUCUUAGAAUAUGCAUGCCCAUUACGUUCUCUUUUUUCUUGAGCUUGAAUGUUCAUGUGAGCAUUUUCAAAUUGUUUUAGAAAUGUCUGAACUCAUAUCUGAAGAUCAUGCAUAGGAAAAACCGUGUUCAUAACUUUCUUUCUCCUUUUUAUUGUAUCUGCUUGUUUGGAAAUAUUAGAUUCCUGUAUUAUCCCCAGCUUAACUUUCCCCAACUGAUAUUCUGUAGCAGUUAUUCUGAAUAAGAUGAGCAUUGAUGCCAUAGAUCUAUAUAUAUAUGGGUUGUUACGAGGAUUUAGAAAAAAGAACUUUAAUAUAAAUAUUUUAUCGAAAUUGUAUUUCCAUGGGAUUCUAUUUUUAUGUUUUGUUUGAGUUUUUAAGUUAUGCUGUAUGAUGAAAUGUAUUUAUAUGAACUGAUGUGAAUGUGAGCUGUUGGUUUUUCCCCCUUUUCUAUAUAUAGUACAGUAUAUAGUACUGUAUGACUUCCUUAGCUGAUUCUAACCUGGUUACAUGUAGACAAAGCCUGGUUUCAUAGUUUAAGGAUUAGACACCCAUACAAAAAACAAAUAGUACAAAAUAUAUCACUGUAUAUUCUGGUUAUAUUGUAAAAAAAAAUACAGAUCACAGACCACAGUCCUCUAUGAAGGACAAAAAAACUUUUAUCUUAGUGUAAACAAUAUCACCCACAUCUAGCAGUGAACAAUUUGAUCACAACAUAUUUAUAAAUCUAAUAUUGAUAUAGCCAAUAUAAAAGACACAAAAAACAUAAAAAAAUGCCACAACAUAAGCCUGUACCCACAACAUUCUCAAAAAGGAUUUUUUAGAUUGAUGACUUAUACUGUAGCUUAAAUAAUGUGGAUUGAAAUGUCGGAAAUGGGUUAAAAAUAUAUAAAACUGGUACUGAAACAUUUUCUAUAGCAAUAUACUGAUAUAUGUUGAUAUUGCGUAACUGUCCAAUCCUACCCAGAACUAACACAUGCAGCCAAUGCUAGCUAAUUCUACAUUUUGCAUAUAUACCUAUAAAUAUAGGUAGUUAAUAACGUUACACAUUACAUUUUAAAUCAAAUUUGAUUAAUUUUUUUCACUGAAUAAACAUGUAACUGUUAGCUAGCUAGAGAGGGAGGUCAUGUUAGCUAGCUAGUUAACCUUAGCUAGUUAGCUAGUUUUUCCCAAAGUCCAGCCUGAAGCUGUUUCUCCUCAGUCAGUCUGAGAAGCUAAAGCUAGCUAACAUUCACAUUAACCACCUCAAAUAAACAGAGAUAGCUAAAAAAUCUCCCCAAACUCGACAUGACCGGCUAAUUUCCUGCUUAUUUUUAGUCAGAAUUAGUUAAAAGUUGGUCUGAGGAGUCCGCUAACGCCGGGAUUGUUGGAACAGCCCGUUUCAGAGAGCCGUGAGCUUAAGUUUUGGGUCUGAGUUGUGUUUUCUUCUUCACUCACCACUGCAGCUGUUUUUUUUUUUGUUUGUUUGUUUGUUUGUUUUUUUCUCCCAUUUUCUUUCUUUUUAUGGCCAUUUAUUUGCGCUUGUCUCUCUCUCUUUCGGUAGCCAAGGCUUUGUCUCUGCCUUCUUAUUCCUGCUCACUGAGAAUGAGGAGAGGGGGUGGGGGAACCCUGUGGGUGUGUCAGAUCUGCUGUUUGAGUUUUAUCUGUGAAAACGAAAGCCACUUAAGAUCACUACUGUUCAAAAGUUUGGAAUCACUGCUUUUAUGCAUGAACUUCUUGUGAAAAUAAUCAAUAGCACACAUGUCCGUGGCAUUGAAGAGACAAAGACAACCAUACUCACCAUUUGUGCAGUAAACACACACUUACUCACUCACUCAUUUACACACAGGCACACACACACAUCCUAGUGAGCAAACACUCACUAGUGAUACACUUUUUGAUGUAGUGAGCACAUAUUGUACAGCUGGUUGCACUGAGGAUAGUUAUCAGAAGGCAAUUAAAAGAGCUCAGUUAGUGAGUCAUACUACAGUGGAACAUGAAAACAUCCCAUAAAAUAUAAAAAAGUGUAUAAACCUGUUGUCAAAAAGAUGUUUUGAGUGGGGUAUAAUGCUAAUGCUAAUGCUAAUAUACACACUCUAUAGAAACCCAAAUCUUAGCCCAUUCACCUUACUUUUAAACAUGAUGAUACUAUUGAUCAAUAACUAGAAAACUUAAGUCCAGAACUUAAAAAAAAGAGACAUUCACUCAUGAGACAAUAAGUAAAAUAUAUUAUAUUAUAAUAUAAAUAUUUGGGGGCUUAUUUGGAAAAAGUUAAAUAAAUUUAAUUAAGUUAAUAGAAGUGAUUCCAAACUUUUUAACAGUAGUGGAUUUUUAUAAUUCCUAUUGUUUUUAGUCUGACAUCACUGGAAUUCCUGAUUAUUGUUUAUAAUUUUUUUUUUUGCGUUUUUUGGGAUUUAUUUUGUGACUGUGUUUGUGUGUGUGUGUUCACGGCAAGCUCUCACAAGCUUGUAUUAAAUCCACUUUCGAUGAUUUAUAAAAGAAACAUUUUUUUUAUGUUUUGUUGACUUGUUUUAAAAGAGUGUGACGCUUUUGGUUUGGGUGUGUUGAAGGGAGGGAUGGUGUGGUUUGCAUGGACAGAAGAAUACUGAUGUUUUUCAUCAAUCAAGCAAAAAUGGAAAACGUGCAAUCUUGUGAAUAUAAUGUAAAUCCAAUUUACAUGUAAUGUGAGUUACAUGUACAUGUAAAUAAUGUGAUUAUUGCGACUCCACACGCCGGGACUGUUAACAGUGUUACGCGGGAGAGGACCGUCAUACCAAUAUCGGGUGCCUUACCGUCAGAGUCGCUGCCGCUUGAGGCAAUGGACAAAUGGUGGGAUCCUCUGAAAUAAAGAUUUAAAUAAUAAUAAUAAUGAUGAUGAUGAUGAUGAUGGAGGGACAGAUGAGUGUUGUUGCACUGGAGUAAGGCAAAAGUGCCUUGUAUAUACUUGCACAGAGAGGUUCUCCGUUUUCACCGUGGCUCAUGAUGUGAGAGGUGCAGUACGGGUCUGCUGGAGUCUCCUGCUGACCGAGCCUGUAUGUACCGACGAACAGCAGCCAGUCCUGCGAUGGAUAGGAUAAGAGUGGAGACCAAGCACCAAAGGAUUUGGACCCAGUUCAGUAUCUGAUGCUCUGUGCAUGGCAUGAAGCAUUGGCCUUCCCAACACUACUGUCCUCCUCCCUUCAGUUCACCCUGCUCUCCUUCUCUACUCGUUCAUGGUCACCUAGUGCUUGAUGGUGUGAUUUUUGCUGUAUUUGCAUUAAGUCUAAAUGGAACACAUGAAUACAUCAAUAAAUGUCUAAAGUCUAA